AUGACAGUAGAAGAGGAACAUUUACCUUUGCUCCACAUAAAAGAGCAGAAUUUAGGCAUUUGGGGCUUUUUAAAAGAUAUUAUUUGGUCAAAAGAUCAUUCAUUUAAUGAAAGAAUUAUAUACUUUAAUGGGAAGACUGAUCCCUCAAGAUUUGUUCCUAAUGUUGUAUGCAAUCAAAAGUAUUCUUUGUUGACAUUUCUUCCAAAAGUUUUAUAUGAACAAUUUAAAUAUUUCUUUAACUUUUUUUAUUUAAUGGUAGCUCUACUUCAAUUCAUACCUGCACUUAGGACUGGUCCUCUAUUUACUUAUAUUGCACCUCUACUUCUAGUAUUGUUUGUAACAGUAAGCAAAGAGGCAAUAGAUGAUAUUCGUAGAUAUAUAAGAGAUAAAGAAUGUAAUAACAAGAAGUAUAAAAUUAUAACAAGUAGUGGUGUAAAAGAGGUUAAAUCCUGUAAAAUUGAGGUAGGUAAUAUUAUAGAAGUAAAUACAAAUGAUAGAAUACCAGCAGAUAUAUUGUUUUUACGAACAAAUGAUCCAACAGGUACAGUUUUUGUAAGAACUGAUCAACUAGAUGGAGAAACUGAUUGGAAAGUAAAGAGGGCUCUUGGAAUUACUCAACAUUUCGAAAAUAUAGAUAAUAUAUUUCAAUUAAAUGGCAUGGUCCAUAUAGAAGCUCCCAAAAAAGAUAUAUACACAUUUAAUGGUACAAUUCAAUAUUAUGAUCCUUGUAUAUCCCAAGUAAAAAUUCCUGAUAUAUCAAUUGCAACUACAAAGGAUGAGGGGACGAAUGAAAUAACUACAUUAUCUAAUUUAAAUGAUAUAAAUCAAACACUUGACUCAGGAUCUAAUAGUUGCAGGAAUAAGAAUCCAAUAAUUGAAUCUUUGAUGUUGGAUAAUACAAUAUGGGCUAAUAGUGUACUAACAUGUGGCAAGAUAUAUGGAUUAGUUAUAUAUACUGGUAUAGAAAGUCGUUCAUUAAUGAAUACUUGUGGACAGAGUUUACGAACAAAAAUAGGAUUACUAGAUACUCAAGUUAACACACUAUCAAAGAUAUUAUUCGUACUAUUAAUAAUCACGUCAUUCUUUCUCGUAUUUUGUAAAGGUUUUGAUGCUUUGUGGUAUAUAUCUUUUGGUCGUUUUAUGUUAUUACUGUCUUCCAUUAUUCCUAUUUCUUUAAGGGUUAAUUUGGAGAUGGCAAAGAUUUUCUAUUCAGCUCAAAUUUUGCACGAUAAAAAAAUGAAAGAGGUUACAGUAAGAUCUAGUAUUCCUGAAGAACUUGGUCGUGUUGAUUACCUACUUACAGAUAAAACAGGUACUUUAACACAAAACUCAAUGGUAGUGCAGACUCUUCAUACUGGCCAUACUGUAUAUCAUCCUGAGAAUUUUAGUGAUUUAAAGUCAAUUGUACAAUAUAUGCUAAGUAAUGAACAAAACAAUCAAUUGGAGGAAAAGAAUUCAAGUGAUAAUUUUAAUGAUCAUGAUAAUUUUAUUUUAAAUACCUCAGUAAAGUCUUGGAAGUAUCCAUUAAAUAUUUCUCACAUUCAGAACUUUCUUUUAGCUAUUGCCCUAUGUCACAAUAUUUUUCCUAGAUCAUCUUUAGAUGAUAAUAAAGAUGAAAUUUCUGAAUCUACUACAUUAGAUCUAGUAGAUAAUGAGAAAUUGGACUCAGAAGAAUGUAUGGUUGAAUUUAAUCAGAAGCAUAUUGUAUAUCAAUCAUCUUCACCAGAUGAGAUAGCUUUAGUAACUUUUGCAGCUAGCCUAGGCCUAAGACUAGUUGAACGAACAAAUGAAUAUAUGGAAUUGGAUUUGGAGAACUCAUCUAGAAGAGAUUUGGUUUUUAACAUAAAUUCAAAUAUAUCUAAUAUACAAACAUCUCUAAAAAGUAAUCGUUUAUCUUUUUGUAUUUUAGCAUGUUUCCCAUUUUGCAGUACUACAAAACGAAUGGGAAUAUUACUUGAGUACCAAAAAAAAUAUAUUUAUUUUAGUAAAGGUGCUGAAAGUGUAAUGGUUGAUCUUUUAAAGCAGAAGGGAUCUGGCUGGUUACUCGAAGAAUGUACUAACAUGGCAAGAUUGGGACUUCGUACUUUAGUAUUUGCUUAUCGUUAUUUGUCUCAACAGGAGUAUGAAGUAUUCAAUAAUGUUUAUUCCUUCCCUUGUACGAGUUUAGUUCAAAGGAACCAUAAUUUAAACAAUGCAAGAAAACUUGUUGAAAAGGAUAUGGAAUUACUAGGAUUGACUGGAGUUGAGGAUAAAUUACAAAUGGAUGUUCAUUUAACUUUGGAGGCGUUUCGUUAUGCAGGUAUAAAAAUAUGGCUACUUACUGGUGAUAAACUUGAAACAGCACUUUGUAUUGCCAUUUCAGCUGGUAUAAAACCAAAAAAUUUUGAUUUUUUUAUAUUAAAAUACGAAGAUAAGAAACAUAUCAAUACUUGUAAUAAAAAUAAAUCUGAAUCAAUUCACAAAAUUUCUCAAUUAGAUAUUAUUAGCAACAUGCUGCAUAGGUACAUCUUGGAGAUGUCAUUAGAUCAUGUAUUGGUCGUUGAGGGGUUAUUGCUUAAUUUAUGCUUAAAUCACUUUCCUCAGUUGCUAAUUCAUGCAGCUGCUAUUGCACCAGCUGUAGUAUGGUGUAGAUGUUCACCUUCCCAGAAAAAAGAAUUAGUACUACUUUUAAAGAAUUAUCAUAUAAAAUAUGGAGAAUAUGACAAUGUCCAGCUUUUCUCACAUGAUCAUUCUGAUAUAUUGGAAAAAGGAGCAAUUUCUCAUUUAGCUAGUAGAACUAGAUAUGACAGAAAUAUCAGUAAUGGACCCUUGAAAAGACGUAAAAAAGAAAGAAAGGGAGAUCUAAGUGAUAAUGAAGUAAAUAAAAAAAUUUCAAUAUUAAGUGAAAAUAUUAGUAAUAUUGAAAGCCAUGGAAGUUUACAUAGCUUAUCUGUAAAUAAUAUGGAUGAAUGGAGCCAAGAAGAAUUUUAUAAUAAUAGCACUCAAAUCCAUUCUAAUAAUUCUAUUAUUAAUAUUGGUAAUACAAAUAACUCUCGAAGACUAAUUUCAUCAACAUUUUCUGGAAUUUCUAGAUCAUGUCGUAUAUGUGCUGUUGGAGAUGGUGGAAAUGAUGUUGGUAUGAUCCAAGCUGCUGAUAUAGGUAUAGGUAUUGUAGGAAAAGAAGGGCAACAAGCUGCAAAUGUAGCAGAUAUAAGUCUUCAUGAGUUUGCUGACUUACGUCCUCUCUUUUUGUGGCAUGGAAGGCAUGCCUAUCAAAAUAGCGCUAAAUUAGCACACUUCGUUAUUCAUAGAGGACUUAUUAUUGCAUCAAUGCAGUGCGUAUUUUCAGCACUGUUUUAUUUUAUACCAGUAGCCUUAUUCCAAGGAUGGUUAGCUGUAGGUUAUGCUACAUACUAUACAAUGGCUCCUGUUUUUUCUUUGGUUUUUGAUAAAGAUGUCAAUGAAUCUACUGCUAUGUUAUACCCAGAGUUAUAUAGACAUUUGAAAUCAGGCAGGGCUAUGUCAAUCAAGAUCUUUUUUUGCUGGGUCUGGAAGUCUUUAUAUCAAGGUGCAAUAAUUAUGCUUGGUGCUAUAUUAAUGUUCAAAGAUAACAUAUUAAUGAAUCUAGUUUCUAUUACAUUCACAACAUUGAUUUUAUCAGAAAUUCUAAAUGUUGUUACAGAAAUACACCAUUGGAAUAUAUUUAUCCUUUCAUCAUGUAUUGCUUCGUUACUUAUAUAUUUUAUCUCUUUUUUUCUUUUAAAGAGUUACUUUGACUUAUACUUCAUUUUCACUUAUUCCUUUUGGGGAAAAAUAUGCGUUCUAACUUUAAUUGCCUGGGGUCCUGUCAUUUUAUUUAAGAUUAUAAAAAAGAGUGUUCAUCCUCCAAGAUACUACAAACUAAUGCAACAUUAG